CAUCCAUUGUGUGUUUCAGUUCCACCGCAUGACGUAAAGCGCAUGGCAUGGAACAGCACAGGCAACAGCUCCUGCCCCGAGUCUGAGCUCUCACAGUCCUCCAUGCCUGCCGCUCCAAUAGGGAGCAACACUGUCGCUGCUAAAAGCAACACUAAGCAGACCCGUAAACAGGAGAUCAUCAAGAUAACGGAGCAGCUGAUUGAAGCGAUCAACAAUGGAGAUUUUGAAGCCUACACGAGGAUCUGUGACCCUGGACUCACCUCUUUUGAACCUGAGGCCCUGGGGAACCUGGUGGAAGGGAUGGACUUUCAUAAGUUCUAUUUUGAAAACUUGCUGAGCAAGAACAUCAAGCCCGUGCACACCACCCUGCUCAACCCGCACGUGCACCUGAUUGGCGAGGACGCUGCGUGCAUCGCCUACAUCCGGCUCACACAGUUUGUGGACACCACGGGCCACCCCCGCUCCAGCCAAUCCGAGGAGACCCGGGUGUGGCAUCGUCGCGAUGGCAAGUGGCUCAAUGUUCACUUCCACUGCUCAGGAGCGCCUGCUGCACCACUUCAGUGAUCAGUGGUCCUGAGCCUCCAGUCUACUGGAGUGUGUGUUUUGGGGGGCAGUUUUUUUCAGCGAGCGUGUUUAUGAGGCACGUCCUCUGCGUGGAUUGGCUUGUGCCAGGAGCCCGGCCGGGCGAGAACGCAUCCCUCUCCACGAUACCAACCAAUCCUGUCCCUCCUUUGACCUGCUGGGGGCCGGCUGAACACAAGACACCGCCCCCAUGGGAUGAUGCAUGCAUCUGGCGCCUGAUUGGAGGGCGCGUCUUUGCCCUCUAUCCCUCCCCUGGCAGCCAUCUUUUUUCUGCCCGCGCGAGAUGAGACGUCCCGGGGGAGGAGAGGAUUUACAGUUGAACUUGUGACAGUUUAUGAGUAUGAGUUAUGAAUAUACUGUGUAAAUUAUGACUAGAUGUACCAGAAACCACCAAAACCCAACCAAGCAUUUAUAUUCACUAUCUAAUAAGGGAGGAACAGAGGAGUGUGAAGUUAGCAGCUGAGAUUUUGGACACAUUUUUUGGCAUUCUAGGGAUAACCGGGUAGAAGGUGUUGUGCUCGUCACCCGGACGUUGAUGUAAAGAUGUAGGGAGAUUUUCCCCAACUGAAUUAUAGAGGGGGAAAAUUCAAGUCAUCUCAGUCAGAGAACUUGAUGACGAGAGAAACUUGAUAUCAAAAACAAGAAGCACCAAAGUGUAGAACUUUAGGCUUUUUAUGUGUUUUCGUUUUUUGUGUGAUUGUUUUUUCCGACAGAACGGAAAAAAACGUGUUGUCGUGGGAUUCGGGGCGGGGGGCGUCUGAUUUGAGGUUCCGUGUUUUGUUGUGUUUUUAACGUCUUGUUCUCUUUUUCGUUCCUGUGAAUAACCAGAGCCUUUUUUUGUUUUGUUGUUUUGGUCUUGAUUGAUCUGACAUUCGAGGCUCCUUUUUUAAGCAGCUGUUUUUAAAAAGAGGGAUUUUACUGUGCAAGUUUAAAGCUAACCUGUGCGUUCUGUUGUGUCCGUUGGCAUUGUGGAGGGAGAGUGUGGGCCAGCGAAUGCAUUUGCAUUUAGCGUAUUUGCCGCCUCUCCCUCACUCACCCCCUCCUGCUCUCUCCCCCUUUUCCUCUCUUUUAUCACCUUCCCUCUCGCUCCUUUUCUCUGCUUUCUGCAAGGGCCUGGUUUGUUUAUAUUCACUGUGUAAAUACAGUGUAUGUAUAGAUAUAUGUAGAAAAGUGUAAUAUAUGUACAUGUAUCUAAGAGACACUCAUCCUGUGCAUCUGGGUGUAGGAAUCACUCAUGACCUCUGUGAUCACCGAGCUCCAUUUUACUCACAGAUUUCAAAUUGCUGUUAUUUUUCUUCCUUAAAAUACUUCCUGAAGAAAUCAGUAGCUCUGGAUGAUUUUACAGUAUACAUGAACACAUACACUCCUUUAGGUGACCGGUUUGAGUCCUACGACGCUGAGACUGUUUUUAAAGAUGGGGGAUAAAAGAAGUAUGAAAUUAGUUUGACCCCCUCUGCUUAAAAAGUUUUAAAUAUGAAAACCUGCAUCAUAGCUUUCUUAACUCCUGAUCCCACAAUGCUGUGAGCUGUCUCUUCAUAUCAUAGGCACACACACACACUCAGACACUCACACACACGCCUGGUGGUGUGUCUAGGCUUUGUAACAUAUCUGCACCACUACUGUGCGACCAGGGCACCACCCUUGCUGUGCUGCUUUAUUGUCUCCAUCCAUCAGCGACACUUGUAUCUUAAAACACCCCCCCCCUCUCCCUCUCCCUUCCACCUGAUAUCUCUAACCCCGGUGUACCCACAAUUCCCUGCUCUUGAGAUGUUUAGUUGUACCUCUGUUGUUUCUCUGUUUCCCGUGUUACUGGUUUGAUUUUUUUCUUUCCAAAAUGUUAUUUUAUUACUAUGAUUAUGUCGUUGUCGUCGCUGUUGCUGUUGACUUGUCGUUUUGGUAAUUUGCCGAUCUGCCAAGCUGGAGUUCUGCACUCUCCCUCAAACACCGGAAUUUCAAAAAAAACAAAAAAAGAAAUUUGUGAAAAGAGGGAGAAAGCAUAGACAACAAAAAUUUUACAGAUUUGCAUGAUCAUAGAUUGAUCAGGACUCAAUUAUUUAUUAAUGUAAUCUGCCCUCGGUGGUUUUAAAUCGUGCCUGCUCAGUUGAGGAGUGUUGAAAGCCAGAGAGAGAGAGAGAGAAAAAGCGUUGGUGUGGGUGUGCAGGUUUCUGUGACCUCCACUGUCGAACCAGAGCGGGAGACCUAGUUAUAUGCAUGUUUCAGUUACGCAUUUCUACCAUGUACCUACCUGAAUAAGGAUGGAAAACUAGUGUUAAUAUAUGAUAUUUGCAUCUUUUGAAAUAAGAAUUUCCUCCAUCCAGAAUGUUGAAUAGGUGACAUGAAAAACAAAAAAAAAUGCAAAAUUAAAAAAAAUAUUAAAACAAACGGAUUCAGGAGCCGUAGCUUGGUAUGAGGCCCUUGAUGUUAGCGUUUUUCCCUGCGUUGUAAUGAUAUAAUAUUGGGCUGCGCUUUCUCCCCCAGCCUUCACAUGGAUGCUGGAGUUUUUUUGCAUGAUCAUGAUGUACAAUGAAAUACAACCAUGAAUUGACGACUAUCAAGUGUUUGUCUGAGUGUUAGUUGGUCUUCAUCAUAGCUUUGUUAUUCUUCGAACUUGGAUCUUGAAAGUAUUUAAUAAAAAUACUAUUUCAGCACUG